UUUCUUUCUUUGGAUAUUUCUUUAGCAUCAUCAUACCUGAAAGUCAUGAUGAGUUUCACAAACCCACAAACACUCCAGCAGCUGGCAAGAAGCCUGCUGAAAGAUGAAGCCUUGGCCAUCUCUGCUCUGGAAAACCUGCCCAUGGAACUCUUCCCACCACUCUUCAAGGAUGCAUUCACCAGCAAACAACCUAAUAUCCUGAGGCAGAUGGUGGUAGCAUGGCCAUUCCCAUGCCUUCCUGUGGGAGCCCUGAUGGAGACGCCUCACCUGGAGCCCUUGAAAGCUCUGCUUGAUGGCCUGGAUUUGCUGUUGGCACAAAAGGAUCGACCCAGGAACUCCAACUCCUGGGUCCAAUUCCCCUUCAGAUAUUCUGAAAUAAUAGAACUGUUAACAAGGGAAGAAUUAUCAAAAAUGGUUGAUUUACGAGAUGCCCACCAUGACUUCUGGAAUAUUUGGGCUGAAAGACAGCAUAUCAUUUGCUCUUCAGAUGUCAUUGGCAACAACCAAGCAGUGGGAAAUCAUCCCAUCCUAGGUGGGAAACAGGCCAUGACUGUAUUGAUGAACUGUUUCCUCGUGUCCCACUGUCCCUCCAAAUAUCUCAAAUAUUUUUAUUGGUGGGCCAAGCAGAAAAAUGUGAUACAGGUGAUCUGUCAGAAGUUAGAGUUUGGAGCCUUUCCUGCCUAUGACCCACUGGAUGUUUUGGAGGUUUUUGACACAGGCUCAAUCCAGGAAUCGGAAAUAAACACAUGCUGGGACAUUCACACCCUUGCUUUGCUAGCCCCUGGCCUGGGCCAGAUGAAAAACCUCCAGAAACUCACUUUCAAGGAAAUCUAUGUCCCUGUGCAUUUGCCUUGGGACCAAGAGAUAGAAACCUGCUGUUUUACAGAGAUCUUUUCCCAGUUCUCCAAACUAAAUAAGCUCCAGCAUCUCUAUUUGAAUGAUGUCUCCUUCCUGAAUGGUCGCCUGGACCAAGUGCUCAGGUGUUUGGAGAGUCCACUAGAGACCCUUGCUAUCACUUGCUGCAUGCUGCCACAAUCAGAUAUGAACUAUCUGUCCCAGUGUCCAAUCAUCCAGCAGCUGAAACACCUGGACCUGAGUGGUGUCACCUUCCUACAUUUAGAUGAUCCAUUUCUAGGAAGCCUGCUACAAAGACUGACAUCUACUCUGCAGACAUUAAAAUUGAAGGGCUGUAUAUUCAUGGACAUGCAAAUCAGUGCCUUCCUGCCGGCACUGAGCCAGUGUUCCCAGCUCACUGAAGUCAAUUUUAUGAAGAACUUAUUGUCAAUGGGCAGCCUGAAGAAGCUGCUGCAGCAUACUGCCAACCUCACACAGCUGACCAUGGAGCAGUACCCUGCCCCUGAUGAAGUCUAUGAUAACAUUGGUGAUGUUAUUCCAGACAGAUUUGUACAGCUUUGUUCUGAGCUUAUGGGCACACUCAAGGGUAUAAGGCAGCCAAAACAGGUCUACUUUUUGAGUAAGAGAUGUUUAGAUUGUGGGAAAUGCUUUUUCUAUAAUUUGGAGUCUUGUUGGGAAUAUAUAAGGUGA